CUCUCCUCUCCUCUCCUCUCCUCUCCUCGUCUCGUCUCCGGCCACUUCCGUUCCGCAGAGGGGACAGGCACCAGCCAGCCUGACGGUGGCGGAGGUCCGGACACAAUAGAGCGGGUCACGACUCUUCUCUAAUCCAAACCGGUAUGUCGGAUGAGGAUUCUCGUGCCAGCACCAGCUCUUCCUCGUCGCCACCUUCCUCCAGCCAAAACAGACAAAAAGACACAUCUUGCAAGAAGAAACGGGAAAGCAAAGCCAGCAUGAGCAAGACCUCCAAGCUGCUUUCCACCAGUGCCAAAAGGAUUCAGAAAGAGCUGGCCGACAUCACUCUGGACCCUCCACCCAACUGCAGCGCUGGCCCCAAAGGAGACAACAUCUAUGAGUGGAGGUCGACCAUCCUGGGACCGCCGGGCUCCGUGUACGAGGGCGGCGUCUUCUUCCUGGACAUCGCCUUCACACCAGACUACCCCUUCAAACCCCCCAAGGUAACCUUCCGUACGAGGAUCUAUCACUGCAACAUCAACAGUCAGGGGGUGAUCUGUCUGGACAUCCUGAAGGACAACUGGAGCCCCGCCCUCACCAUCUCCAAGGUGCUGCUGUCCAUCUGCUCCCUGCUCACAGACUGCAACCCAGCUGAUCCCCUGGUGGGAAGCAUCGCCACCCAGUACACGACUAACAGAGCGGAACAUGACCGAACAGCCAAACAGUGGACGAAGCGAUACGCCACAUAAACCCAGAGGCCGGCGGUGGGAGUAGACGCAGCGCUGGGGGUCGGGGCGGGGUCGGGGGAGGGAGGGGGGGCUCGUCUCUGGGUUGUUUGUCUGGGGGUUAUUUCUAUCUCAGAUUUUUAGUACUUUAUUGUCUGGUAUAUUUUUUUGCUUCCUGAUUAAGUUAUCUCCACAAAUAAGGUAAUAAAGCAACACAGUGGAA